GCGGGAUUCAAAAGAACAUCUUUGCGUUUUCUACCGGCUCCCCAUCAUCGUACUAGGGAGGAAGAAGCGGGUGAGAAACAAAACUUCUUUCCAUUGUCCUGCCCGUUUCUGCGGACUUGUUCUGAGGCCGAGGAGCCUGUGUUGGAAGAGAUGGUGAUGGGCCUGGGCGUUUUGUUGUUGGUCUUCGUGCUGGGUCUGGGUCUGACCCCACCGACCCUGGCUCAGGAUAACUCCAGGUACACACACUUCCUGACCCAGCACUAUGAUGCCAAACCACAGGGCCGGGAUCACAGAUACUGUGAAAGCAUCAUGAGGAGACGGGGCCUGACCUCACCCUGCAAAGACAUCAACACAUUUAUUCAUGGCAACAAGCGCAGCAUCAAGGCCAUCUGUGAAAACAAGAAUGGAAACCCUCACAGAGAAAACCUAAGAAUAAGCAAGUCUUCUUUCCAGGUCACCACUUGCAAGCUACAUGGAGGGUCCCCCUGGCCUCCAUGCCAGUACCGAGCCACAGCGGGGUUCAGAAACGUUGUUGUUGCUUGUGAAAAUGGCUUACCUGUCCACUUGGAUCAGUCAAUUUUCCGUCGUCCGUAACCAGCGGGCCACUGGUCAAGUGCUGGCUCUGCUGUCCUUGCCUUCCAUUUCCCCUCUGCACCCAGAACAGUGGUGGCAACAUUCAUUGCCAAGGGCCCAAAGAAAGAGCUACCUGGACCUUUUGUUUUCUGUUUGACAACAUGUUUAAUAAAUAAAAAUGUCUUGAUAUCAGUAAGAA